GUCCACAUACCUUCCUCCUCUGUGUCUUGCUCUCUGCAUCACACAGAUUUCCACACACAACACACACAUUCAGAGUGUGAAGGAGAAAAAAAAAAAAGAAAAUGAUGGGGGGUGAAGUUAUUGGAAGAAAACUGGAAAAAAAACAGUAAUGCAAGCAAGAGGAUGAGUAAUCUGUCAUGCAGUCCAUGGCCACUCAUACCACUGCAUUUUCACCUUCUUUCAUUCAUAAUUGCAAGGCCAAGCCUUCACCCCCUGCUGUUCUUUUCCCUCACGCACUCACUGAUUCCAGACCAUCCUAUAAUUCCCUUGUUUUCCAGGCUGCAAGACUUUUGGGUCCUCCAGCAAGAUUUGAAGCUUCAAAGCUAAAAGUCCAAUUUAUGGGAGAAGAAGUUGGCACACCAGCCAGAAUUGUGCCAAGAACCUACACCCUUUCCCACUGUGACUUUACUGCUAAUCUAACUUUAACCAUUUCAAACAUUAUUCAGCGUGAUCAGUUGAAAGGCUGGUAUAAUAAAGAUGAUGUGGUUGCUGAAUGGACUGAAGUAAACGGUAUCUUAUGCUUAAACGUUCAUUGUUAUGUGAGUGGACCGAAUUCCUUGUCGGACCUGGCUGCUGAGUUCAGAUACCACAUAUUCUCCAAGGAAUUGCCACUGGUACUUGAAGCUGUGCUGUAUGGCGACUCAGAUCUUUUCAGCAAGCGGCAAGAACUAAUGGAUGCUAUUGUCAGAGUCUUCUUCCACUCUAGCUCAAAGAAGUACAACCGUGUGGAAUGCUGGGGACCAUUGAAGGAUGCUGUUCUGGGAAAAGUGGAUAAGGUAAACGGAUUUGUAUCUGCAAGCAAGGAAAAGGAAAGUUCUUCCAAUUCAAAACUCUGGGGAAGUCCAAAAUCAAUCUUCCAAGCACUAUUUACCUUCCUGCUAUGAUUUUAUGAACACGGGCAGGUGAUAUGUGAAGAAGGAUAAUAUGGUUCCACGUCCUGCCAUCUUCACAAUGCACAUUCUUGCAACUCGAAUCUGGACUGUUGCCAUACUUUCAGGGAUUGUUUUCAAGGUCAUUUGAUUCUUUCUUGUAUGUAUUGGAAAACUCAGAUGAAUUCUUGACAGACAAUCUUGUUAUUAAAAGAAGAUAAUUGCUCAUUCUGAAUCCCAUCAUUGUCUGAUUUAGCAGCUAUAUGUUCUCCUACAAAAUUGAAGUACCUAACUUCUUGCAAUUUCUAUCACAGAAUGGGUUACUUUUCACAGGAAGGUAGAACGAAAAGACUGGCAAAUUCAUACCGAAAGCAAUGGUCUAAGCCAACAUCUGAAAGGAAUUUAGGAUAGAUAGGGCUGAAUAGCUAGUGAAAUUCCAAGAAAAAACACAAAUGUAUUGUACAUCAACAAACUCAUAUCCCAGAAAUGCUCAAUCUUCAACUGUGAAAUUACCCGGAUAUACAGAAACCCAAAGGCUCCUACUCAUU